AUGGCGUUUAAGUCACCGUCCUACAUCCCGCAGCUCCCAUUUGACCCACCGGAGACGCUGCCCGUUCAUGAAUUCCUGUUUGGUGGUAGUGAGAAAUUUGGGCGUCAUCCUAUCGGCGACUCCAAGCCACCAUUUACCUGUGGUAUCUCGGGUAAGGCGCAUUCAGCGCAGGAGGUUGCAGAGCGAAUCGAGCUUUUGGCCCGUGCCCUUGCUACGAGAUUUGGAUGGAAAGUAAACGAGGGAAACGAGCUAGACAAGGUUACUUGUGUCUACAGUCUCAACACGAUUGACAACUUGACAACCGCCUGGGCAACACAACGUAUCAAUGGUGUUUCCAACUCUAUCAGCGCGGCCUAUUCCGUGCCAGAGCUUUCCCAUCAAUUGAAAAGAGUCAGCUGCAAGGCUUUGUUCACAUGUUUGCCGCUCCUCCAGAAAGCCCUUGAGGCUGCCGCCGAAGCCGGUGUUCCCAAGGAGAAUGUCUUCUUGGUCGAGGUGCCCUCGAAGCUUUUGGGUGGUGCACAGAACCCUCCCGGUAUCCCAACUGUGGAUCAGUUGAUCGACGAAGGUCGUCAGCUACCGCCCCUGGAGCCGUUGGCUUGGACUGAGGGUCAAGGUGCACGCCAGACUGCUUUCCUGUGUUGUUCCAGUGGCACCUCUGGACUUCCUGUACGUAAAAAUGCCAAGGUCUCUCACAAGAAUGUCAUCGCCAACAUUAUGCAAGCAUAUACCUCCGAUGCUACCUACAAGAACCCUGAGCCAGAGCUGUGCCUCGGAGUCCUCCCUACCAGCCACAACCUGGGUUUGGUUGGUGUCAGCAUGUUGAGCAUCUACAGAGGAGAUGGCGUUGUUGUCUUGCCCAGGUUUGAUCUAGAGGAAACACUGAAGACCAUUCACGAUUACCGAAUCGGACGACUCUGGAUGGUUCCUCCUAUGAUUGCGGCCAUGGUAAAAGCUCCUUCGCUCGUAGCCAAGUAUGAUUUAAGCCACGUCAAUGCUGCCGUCGUCGGCGCGUCCAGUCUGUCCAAGGAAACCGCCCUGGCAUUUGACAAGCUCGUGUCCGGCUGCCAUCUUAUUCAGGGAUACGGUCUGACCGAGACCACGGUUGCCGUUACUUUCGGAAACCCUCUUGACUACAUGUUCGGCACCUGUGGUCAUCUCUUUCCGGGAUGCGAGGGUCGCCUGAUCAAGGACGAUGGCCAAGAGAUUACAGAAUACGGCAAGCCAGGCGAGUUGCUCAUCCGCUCGCCCAGUGUUUUCCUCGGAUAUCUUGACAAUGAGUCUGAAUCAAAGGGAAUUUUCUCUGAGGACGGCUGGAUGAGGACGGGUGACUUGGCCGAGUUCCGACAAAGCGCUGCCGGCCAUGACCACCUCUUCAUCAUUGACCGUAUCAAGGAGUUGAUCAAGGUCCGAGGUAUGCAAGUUUCUCCGGCAGAGCUGGAGCAUUUCCUUGCGCGUCACCCCAAGGUCGCCGAUGCCGCCGUCGUGCCUAUCCCUGACGAGUCUGCUGGAGAGCUCCCGGUGGCCUUCAUCGUCAAGGCCCCGGCUUUCAAGGACGAGGAUGAAGCAGCUCUUAGGAUCGAGUUGCAUGAGUAUGUGAACAAGGAAUUUUCCCAGCACAAGCGUCUUGCGGGCGGCAUCGAGUUUGCCGAGGCUUUAGCAAAGACUGCUGCCGGAAAGACGCAGAGGAAGGUGUUGAAGGACUUGGCCAAGGCCCGCGCGGAAGAGAGAAGGCGGAAGGCAGCCGGUGGAGUAGAGGUGUUUGACUUUGACUCCGAUGACGAGGAUGACUGA